GGCUGCCGCGAGCCUGGCGGCCAGUGGCUGGAGCGACACGCGCGGGCCCCGACCCUAUGCGGUGACUCGUGCGGCGCAGGCACCUCCUGCCCCGCCGGCGGGGCCCGGGCUUCCUGCAGCGGGAUGUUCUCCCGUAGGAGCCACGGGGAUGUGAGGAAGUCCACGCAGAAGGUGCUGGACCCCAAGAAAGACGUGCUGACCCGCCUGAAGCACCUGCGGGCGCUGCUGGAUAAUGUGGAUGCAAGUGAUCUUAAGCAGUUUUUUGAGACCAACUACUCUCAGAUAUAUUUCAUCUUUUAUGAAAAUUUUAUAACACUGGAAAAUAGUUUGAAAUUAAAAGGGAAUAAUAAAUCACAAAGGGAGGAGCUGGACUCUAUCCUCUUUCUUUUUGAAAAAAUACUGCAAUUUCUACCUGAACGAAUUUUCUUCCGAUGGCAUUACCAGAGUAUAGGCUCAACAUUAAAGAAGCUUCUACACACUGGAAAUUCUAUUAAGAUAAGAUGUGAAGGAAUCAGACUGUUUCUUUUGUGGCUUCAAGCACUUCAGACAAACUGCGCAGAAGAACAGGUGCUGAUUUUUGCUUGCCUGGUGCCUGGUUUCCCAGCGGUCUUGUCAUCUAGGGGGCCCUGCACACUGGAGACACUCAUCAACCCUAGCCCUAGUGUAGCUGAUGCAAAAAUCUAUCCAGAAGAAAUCACUCCACUUCUACCAGCCAUAUCAGGGGAGAAGAUCGCUGAGGACCAAACCUGCUUUUUUCUUCAAAUGCUGUUGAAGUAUAUGGUUAUUCAGGCUGCAAGCUUGGAGUGGAAGGAGAAGGCGAAUCAAGAUACUGGUUUUAAAUUUCUUUUUACAUUGUUUCGAAAGUAUUAUCUUCCUCAUUUGUUUCCAUCAUUUACUAAGUUAACCAACAUCUAUAAACCUGUACUUGAAAUACCCCAUUUGAGACCAAAGCCAGUAUAUGUUACUGUAACUCGAGAUAAUGAGACCAUUUACAGUACAAAAAUUCCCUACAUGGCAGCUCGUGUUGUUUUUAUUAAGUGGAUUGUAACUUUCUUUUUGGAAAAAAAGUAUCUAACUGCAACACAGAACACUAAAAAUGGAGUUGAUGUAUUGCCUAAAAUCAUCCAGACUGUUGGUGGUGGUGCAGCACAAGAAAAGGUUCCGGAGCUGGAUGGUGCUGGAUCUGCAGAGCAGGAUAAGAAUCAUUCUAACAGUAGCACGUUGUCUGACCGAAGAUUCAGCAAUGCCAGUCUUUGUAGCAUUGAAGAGGAGCAUCGAACUGUAUAUGAAAUGGUGCAGCAGAUCCUCUUGUCAACACGGGGUUAUGUGAAUUUCGUGAAUGAAGUAUUUCGACAGGCAUUUUUGUUGCCUUCCUGUGAGAUAGCUGUAAUAAGAAAAGUAGUUCAAGUGUACAGGAAAUGGAUCUUCCAGAAUAAACCUGUGUUUAUGGAGGAACCAGAUCAAAAAGACAUUUCCCAAGAAGAUGCUGAAAAAUUAGGACUUUCAGAGACUGAUAACAAGGAGGCCUCCUCUGAAAGUUCUGGUCAUAAAAGAUCAUCCAGUUGGGGACGCACAUACUCCUUCACAAGCGCCAUGAGCAGAGGGUGUGUGACAGAGGAGGAAAACACAAAUGUGAAAGCCGGGGACCAAGCUAUGCUACAGGUCUUUCUCACAAAUGCUGCAAAUGUUUUUUUGCUGGAACCAUGUGUUGAAAUUCCCACGCUCCUUCGAGAACAAGUUGAUGCUUGUAAAGCUGUUUUGAUUAUUUUUAGACGUAUGAUAAUGGAGCUUACAAUGAAUAAAAGGACAUGGGAGCAGAUGUUGCAAAUACUACUCAGGAUAACAGAAGCUGUAAUGCAGAAGCCAAAGGAUAAACACAUAAAGGAUUUGUUUGCCCAGAGCUUGGCAGGGUUACUAUUUAGGACUCUCAUUGUGGCUUGGAUCCGAGCAAAUCUCUAUGUGUACAUUUCUCGUGAACUCUGGGAUGACUUUCUUGGGGUGGUGUCAUCUCUCACGGAAUGGGAGGAACUCAUCAUUGAGUGGGCCAACAUCAUGGACUCCUUGACAGCUGUGCUUGCAAGAACUGUGUAUGGAGUUGAGAUGACAAACCUACCUCUGGAUAAAUUAAGUGAACAAAAAGAAAAGAAGCAACGAGGCAAAGGCUGUGUUCUGGAUUCACAGAAAGGGACCACAGUGGGGAGAUCCUUUUCUCUUAGCUGGCGUAGCCACCCAGAUGUGAACGAGCCAAUGAGAUUCAGGAGUGCUACUACAUCUGGAGCACCAGGAGUAGAGAAGGCAAGAAAUAUUGUUCGCCAAAAAGCAACUGCUAAGCGAAGCCAAUCUAUCAGCAACUGUGUCCACCUUUCUGAGGUUUUGCCUGCCACUAAGAGCGUCCCCCUCCUUCUUCACACCGUGAGCACUCUCUUGCCUGGUCUCUCUUACUCCUCUUGCUCUCACAGGCUGUCAGAAGUGGAGGAGUUUCAGCAGCUGGAAAGUGCGUCUGCAGUCGAGCCUGGUUACCUCAUAACGGGACAGCAGGUCCUCCGGAGUAGCAGUACAUCCGACAUCGCUGAGCCACUGUGCUCAGAUCCUCUUCAGGGUCAAAAGGUAGAAAAUGCACAGAAUUUGAGUUCUUCAGAACCUAAACCUGUUCAAGAGAAUAAAGGACACGUGAAGAGGGAACAUGAAGGAAUAACAAUCUUAGUUCGAAGAAGCAGCAGCCCUGCUGAAUUGGAUUUGAAGGAUGAAUUACAGCAGACGCAAGGAAAAUGUAGGGAAAGACAGAAGAGUGAAAGUUCCAGCAGUGACACAGCAGUGGGCUGCAGCACUGAGCCAGAUGUAGCCAUGAGCCCAUGGCAGAACUGUGAAGAGGACCCAGAACUGAACACGCCCACAGAUGCUGUGGCUGACUCUGAUGCCCGCCACUGGUUACAACUGAGUCCUACUGAUGCUUCAAACUUAACAGAUAGCAGUGAAUGCCUCGCAGAUGACUGUAGUAUAAUUGCUGGAGGGAACCUCACUGGUUGGCACCCAGAUUCUGCUGCUGUCUUAUGGCGAAGAGUCUUGGGUAUCCUUGGAGAUGUGAAUAAUAUCCAGUCACCCAGCAUUCAUGCCAGGGUUUUUGGCCAUCUUUAUGAACUCUGGUACAAAUUGGCAAAGAUACGGGAUAAUCUAGCAAUAAGCCUGGAUAACCAGUCCUCUCCAUCUCCUCCACUCUUGAUCCCACCACUCAGAAUGUUUGCAUCAUGGCUAUUUAAGGCAACGAUGCUGCCAAAUGAAUAUAAGGAAGGCAAACUGAAAGCCUACAGACUGAUCUGUGCCAUGAUGACCAGACGCCAGGAUGUUCUGCCAAACUCGGAUUUCCUGGUGCAUUUUUACCUGGUGAUGCACCUGGGAUUAACCAGCGAGGACCAGGAUGUCUUAAACACUAUCAUAAGGCACUGUCCACCUCGCUUUUUCUCCCUGGGUUUGCCUGGCUUCUCAAUGCUUGUGGGGGACUUCAUCACGGCUGCUGCCAGGGUCCUCAGUACAGACAUGUUGGCGGCUCCCCGUUCAGAAGCCGUCACUGUCCUCGGAUCCCUCGUCUGCUUCCCAAAUACCUAUCAGGAGAUCCCUCUACUGCAAUCUGUGCCAGGAGUGGAUGAGGUCAUUACAGGAACUGAGGAUGUCAAGAAUUACCUCAUAAAUAUUUUACUGAAGAAUGCUACUGAGGAACCAAAUGAAUAUGCAAGAUGCAUCGCCAUUUGCUCCCUUGGAGUCUGGAUCUGUGAAGAGCUUUCCCAGUGUACCAGCCAUCCUCAGGUGAAAGAGGCCAUCAAUGUGAUAGGUGUAACUUUGAAGUUUUCUAACAAAAUCGUGGCUCAGGUCUCUUGUGAUAUUCUUCAGUUGCUGGUUUCCUACUGGGAAAAGCUUCAGAUAUUUGAAACUGCUCUACCCCGAAAAAUGGCAGAAAUCCUUGUGGCCACAAUUGCUUUUCUUUUACCAAGUGCAGAGUAUUCCUCAGUGGAAACGGAUAAAAAGUUUAUUGUAUCCUUGCUCCUCUGCCUCUUGGAUUGGUGCAUGGCGCUGCCGGUGAGUGACCUUCUUCACCCUGUGUCUACCGUGGUCCUGGAGGAGCAGCACCCAUCCCAAGCCCCCUUGCUAGAUUAUAUCUAUAGGGUUCUGCACUGCUGCGUCUGUGGCUCGAGCACAUACACCCAGCAGAAUCACUAUACUCUGACAUUGGCUGACUUGUCAUCCACGGAUUAUGACCCCUUCCUGCCUCUGGCAAACGUGCAGAACUCCGAGCCAGUCCAGUACCAUUCAUCAGCAGAACUGGGGAACCUGCUAACUGUGGAAGAGGAGAAGAAGAGAAGAAUUGUGGAGUUAAUACCCCUGACAGCACGCAUGGUGAUGGCUCACCUGGUGAACCACCUGGGCCACUACCCACUCAGUGGGGGCCCCGCCAUGCUACACAGCCUAGUCAGUGAGAACCAUGACAACGCCCAUGUGGAAGGUGCCGAGCUGUCCUCUGAAGUGUUCAGGAGCCCCAACCUGCAGCUGUUUGUAUUUAAUGACAGCACCCUUGUCUCCUACCUUCAGACACCAGCAGAAGGAUCAGCUGGCAGGUCCCAAGGGGGUGCCCUGUCAGAUGUGAGAGUCAUCGUGAGGGAUAUAUCAGGGAAGUACUCUUGGGAUGGCAAGGUUUUAUACGGACCUCUAGAUGGCUGCUUGGCAUCCAGUGGGAAAAAUCCCUCAUUUCUGAUUUCUAGAUGGCAUCAUCACACAUGCGAACUUCAGAAAGAUUUGUCUCACACUGAGGAGGGAGAUGAUGUCCUUGACAAAUUACUUGAAAACAUUGGUCAUACAAGCCCUGAAUGCCUUUUACCAUCACAGCUCAAUUUAAAUGAGCCUUCCCUGCCCCCAUGUGGAAUGAACCGUGACCAAGAAAAGGAAAUCAUUGAGGUGAUCUUGCGCCAGAGCACACAGGAAGAUGAGUACGUGCAAAGGUGUAACUCUAGUUCUGCAAUGAGGAUCAGCAGCCACGGGCAGCCCUCCCCAGUGGAGCCCCGGGGACCCUUUUAUUUCUGCAGGUUGUUGCUUGAUGAUUUAGGAAUGAAUUCAUGGGACAGAAGGAAGAAUUUUCAUUUGUUGAAGAAAAAUUCAAAAUUAUUGAGAGAGCUAAAGAAUCUGGAUUCCCGUCAGUGCCGUGAGACACACAAGAUUGCAGUGUUUUACAUUGCUGAAGGUCAAGAAGACAAGUGUUCAAUCCUAUCCAAUGAAAGAGGAAGCCAAGCAUAUGAAGACUUUGUUGCUGGUCUUGGAUGGGAGGUGGAUCUUUCAACUCACUGUGGAUUCAUGGGUGGUCUUCAGCGUAAUGGCAGCACAGGGCAGACUGCCCCUUACUAUGCUACCUCGACCGUGGAGGUGAUUUUCCACGUUUCCACUCGGAUGCCAUCAGACUCAGAUGAUUCACUCACCAAAAAGCUCCGUCACCUGGGGAAUGAUGAAGUCCACAUUGUCUGGUCUGAACACUCGAGGGACUACCGCCGAGGUAUUAUCCCAACUGCAUUUGGAGACGUUUCCAUCAUCAUUUACCCAAUGAAGAACCACAUGUUCUUUAUUGCGAUAACAAAGAAACCUGAGGUUCCAUUUUUCGGUCCUCUGUUCGAUGGAGCCAUAGUGAGUGGAAAGUUGCUGCCAAGCCUUAUAUGUGCCACUUGCAUCAACGCCAGCAGAGCGGUGAAGUGCCUCAUUCCACUCUAUCAGAGCUUCUACGAAGAGCGAGCUCUGUAUCUGGAAGCAAUAAUUCAGAACCACCGGGAAGUCAUGACAUUUGAAGAUUUCGCUGCUCAAGUCUUUUCUCCCUCUCCCAGCUACUCUCUCAGUGGAACGGAUUAAAAUACAUAACAGUCUCAUUAAAAUACUUGAGCAAGUGCUGAAUAGCUGCAUGCUCAUCUGGACUCAUUCAGACAAGCAGUUUAGGCCUGACCUCUUGUCUUAGGCCCUUUAGGGAAUAACUGAGUAGUAAUGCGUGUGAGUAUCAACAUGUAAACACAUGAAGAUCCCAGCAACACUACCGGAGAUCUGCCACGCUUCCCAACAAGCUUGGCAGUGUCUGCCAUUGAUCUGCUCCCAGCUGCUCCAUGGCUUUUCCCCAUUGUGCUGCAGUCGGAUACCUGCUUCUUCAUUCUUCUGGGUUGGCGAGAAAGGCUGAGUUUAUUUCAAAAAGAGUCACAGUUUUCUAACUCAUUUUAUGCUAUAGAAAAAUCCUAGGCAAAGACUAUGAAAAAAGACACUGAUUUUUUGGUCCAUUGACAGACAUCUUUGCAAACACACUAUGAGGCAAGGAAGGAUAUCAAACUCCCAGAGCUUCAGUCUGUGGCCAGAGAGCCUCAUUGGCCUCCAUGAUGUAGCCAUUCUCUGCUUCCCUUACAGGGGUCUUGACCUCCAGCCUGAAUAUGGACCCUGAGGAGCCCUUCAUGUAGAACAGAAAGACCAGACUCCCCUUUUCUCCCCCAAGCCUCCCAAUACAGAAACUCCAAGAAACUCUGUGGCUAUGCCAGCACAAGCAGCUAGCCUCCCCAUUGCUGAGGCCCCCAAGAUCAGAGGUGACCUAGUUCACAUGAAGCCUUCAAACAAGGCUAUGUCCUCUUGUCCUGGAACUUCACAAACUUUGGGCUUCAGAAGAAGAAAAGGAAAAAGUUACCAACAACCAGAGACAAACAUGUCACAUGGGCAAUAGAGCGGAAAAGAUUCAGGGCCCACAAGGAGAGGGCCAGAGGGCACUUGGCAUCUACCCCCAAUUGCUCCCUUCAUUUGUACACCCAAGCUUGAUUUCCACAGGGGAUGGCAAAACGAAACGACCAUGUAAUUAUUGGAGGAAUUUCUUCUGCACUGAUUUUGCUAGUCCUUACAAUGGGAUUUAGCAUUUACUCAAAAAUUUCAUCAUUGUGGAAAUUGGCUAUCCCCAGGGUCUUUUCCCAUGGGAAGUUUUACCUCAGUCACUGAGCCUUUUUCCACCUGAUGCCUGAGGCCCACUGACUAAGGAGGUUCUCCUGACCACUAAGUCCCACUGUAGAACACUCAGAAGUGUCUAGAGAAAAUGGAGCUGUCCAUAUGAGAGCUCUUGAGUAGAACAGGCAGUAUCCCAGCUCAGCACAGCACAGCACCACCUUUAUCAGCACAGGUGAGUGCCAGCUGUAGCUCCCAAGCUGAGACCAGCACCCCCAGAGUGCCCCGUGAUACCCAAAAUUCACCUGUAAUCUUCCUCCUGCCUGUUGCUUAGAGACCAAGAAAGGCCUUGAAAAUUUCUCUUGUCACAUGAGUUUUAGGGUCACAGAGUCUAAGCAAGAGAUUUGAUCUGUAUCUGUUACCUAUCUGACUGCAAGGAAAAUGUGUCUGUUAAUGAGGAGGGGAGGGAGGGAAGGAGAGAAUAAUGAAAGUCCUGCCUCUGUCUGAGCUUCCCAUCUCCCUUGCUGGUCAGUUUAGACCUUGUCCAGCAACAGAGAACUCAGUCUAUAGACAAGACCUCUGUAGCCUUCCUCUAACCCAGGCCCCAGGCCUGGAAUUUCUCAGAGCUCUAAGGGUUAUUUCAUUUCUUGCUCUGCCUUAGAGAGAAACACAGAAGACGUACCAGAGGUCAUCCUUUGCUACAUAGUCCUGCUAUGUGAGGCCAUUUCAAAGUGCAUGUGUCCAGGGUGAACCCUCAGAGCAGGAAAACAGCCAUAGAGCUCAGCUCAGCUGCAGAGGGGACAGGCAUGGGAAGGAAGCCCUGGAUGAAGCCACUUCGCCUUCCUCUGCCCUUUGCUCUUACACAUUACUCCUAUCCUGCUUGGUCACUCCUCUGAGCUUGCUCACCCAGUCAGUAUCCAUUUUCCCAGAGGAGCCAGCUUUUUCUACCAUCCAUUGAGUUGGUUUGAUCGAGAAAGGGACAGAGCCAGAAAGGCACAGUGGGAAAUUCUGAAAGCAUCAUUCCUUCAGGAGGGAGCGUCAUCGAACUGCAGGAAGAACCUGUCCAUCCAACUGCUUUGGAGAGAGUGUCGGCAGCCUUUAGUCCCAGGCCCACUGACAAAAGCAUCUAGAGAGCUGCCUGAAGUUCAGAGAACACGGGGAGACUUUCCAAAGUUGAAGGAAGCUUUAAUCCCUAUGAGCUGUUUUACAAGGGCCCAGGGUGCUCACUGACUGGAGCUUUAAUGGCUGUGGAUAGGGUGAUGAGACAUGGCAUUUCUGGUGUGUCAUCAAAUGCCUAGUUUCUUACCCUACCCAUUCUUUUUGUGAUUUGAGCAUUCUAGGCUGAUUUGGCCAGUUUGCUCAGACUUUGACUGCUGUUGAUUUGUUCCUUUUCGUGUUUACAAAGUACCCAGACCUUGUUCCUGUGGGAAGGACAUCGCCAGUCCUGGAUACCGGAGGCCCUGUAGCACUCUGUCAUCAAGUGUCUUCCUGGAAAGCACUCUGUCUUCAGGGUCCAUAAACACCUAGUGCAGAAUUCCUGGCAGUAGUAGUUAUGGAGGUCUUUCAUUUUUAUGGUGGUGACAGAACCCAGGGCCAGGCCCUGGAAGUCAUGUUUAACUCCUCUAGCUUUCUGCUCAUGAUUUCAUUUUUCCUCCACUAACCAACACUCCUAGCCUUAGAGUGAGAAAUUCAAUUGGAGGUAGCAAAUAACUGGACCUUCCUGUAACCUAAUGAUUUACCAACCCAAUGGCCCCAGGUGACAGCCAGUUUUCAGGGGAAGAGGGGUGCUGUUGUAGUCCAUAGUUAGUUAGAGCUCUGGCUUAGAGAUUUAGAAGAGGGGAGCAGGGACUCUGGCAACCAUGUUUGUUUGCAAUCAUGUGAACUUAGCCGUUCCUGUUAUUUGGGGUGGAAAAUUGAAAUGAUCAAGUUUGGUGUUUCUUUUCUUCAGUUAGAAAAGCAAAUAUUAUGUUUUUGUAAUAAAUGUCUUUUAGCUAAAUUGCUAAGGGUCUCUCAUCCAGUAGAGACCCUCCACUGUGCCACUCCUCACAUUAGUAUUAGUAGGUCAGCCAUCUGUAAUAAAAGUGGCCCUAAUUACCCCAAAGUCUGAUAAGGUUUGCCGGGCUCCCACAGGGCCUGGCCGGUUCCCUCACUCUCUGCAUGCUGAUUUCUGGAUUUCCACAGAGAAGGAAGCUUAUGUUUGUAGUCUUGUUGAUUAGACCUUUGUGCUUAAAAAUAAUAAUAAUCCCACAAAAUUAUGACUUUUUAAAAAUUGCCAGACAUUUGCAGACAGAAGAAAAGAAGCAGCCUGGUAGGUGACUUCCACAGUGUCUUCAGCAGCAAGUCUUUGGAGCCUUGGGUGUGGGGACUCUGACCUUGUGGUGGGUGAAUUGGUGGGACCCUUAGCCUUACAAAGGAGAUCACACAGCUCCAAAGAGCCAUGCAAAUCCCGUCUUCCUGACUAUCCUCAGGUGUCACUUUCUUCACGUCACUGGCCUGUCAUAUUUGUAUGGAGUGGAGGUUUGAUGAACCUAUAAGCCUCCUUGUGUGUCUUAUUGUAGCUACUGGAAGGGGUGCCAGCACUUGAAGGGAAGCUCACUAUGAAACAAGCAUCCUUGUAGUUGCACUCGAUUUCUAUGUAUAUGACACACACAAUAAUCGAGUGUUUUCUUAAUGUUUUGGGGUCUAUUCAUGUUUAGUAUUUGUAAAUUGGGGAAAUUUGAUAGUAUGAUAAUUAGGUUAUAGCAUGUCAUUUGAUUGUUUUGCAGUUUCCUUUUAUUUAAUUUUCCAAUGCUGCACAUCAACUCAGGUGGGUGAGACCUCCAUGCUGAACCACCUUAGCAGGAGUGUGCAUGAGCCGGGACACACUCCACAAAGGCAGCCAGGCUGGGAAAGCACAUGGCCCCACUGGUGGCUCCACUCAACUCUCCAGUUCACCCUGUUUCCCUUUUGUUCUGAUUACUGUGAUGAUUUAAUAAAGUGGAGACACAGCACUUAGGUGCUGCAUGUUUCUGUCAUUUUCAUAGUUUCUAGGAAAAUAAAGUUUAUCCUUCUACCUAAUAAAAA